AAUGACCAUCAGGCCCCAGGGUUCAGCCGGUACAUCACUAUACACGAAUAUUUCUCUCUUGGCCAGGUCAAGGAGCCUCGAUUGCAUCCGCCGUCUACCAACUUCGCCUGACUCGACCAAAUGGCUCCGUUGACGCUCGCGAGCGCAAGAUAUGGCAAGGAAAAGGUCCGAGUUUUCCGAGUCGUCAAAAGUGGUACUUGGCAUGAGGUCGUAGAAUAUACCAUCAGCGUGCUGCUGGAAGGUCAGAUCGCUUCGUCUUACACCAAGGCGGAUAAUUCGGUUGUAGUUGCUACCGACAGCAUGAAGAAUACUAUAAACGUGUUUGCCAAGACCUCACCUCACGUACUUACACCCGAGCUGUUCUCGUUGCACCUUGGCACACAUUUUGUUUCUGAAUACGAGCACAUUGGAAAAGCUAUCGUGACCGUCAUCUCACAUCGAUGGUCCCGCAUCCCACUCGAUCAGAAGCCGCAUCCUCAUGCAUUCACCCGUGACGGCAAUGACGUUACACGAAUCGAGGCGAUUAUCACUAAAAGCAAUAGUGGCUCAACUUCUGCUGAGUUGAGCACUGGUCUGCAGGAUCUCCUGGUCUUGAAAACCACCGGAAGCGCGUUCGAGAACUUUAUCAGAGAUAAGUGGACCACGCUUCCCGAAGCUUCAGAUCGAAUUCUGUCGACCUCUGUUGAUUGUCGAUGCGCUAUCAAGAUAAAUCUUCCAUCAGACGGCUCACUUGCCAUUUCUUCCCUUGCGAAUCUGGGAAUCGACUUCAAGGCGAUCGGCAAAUCAGUCAGGGAAAUCACGCUUGAAACGUUUGCCACCGAUGAAAGCGCUAGUGUUCAAGCUACACUUUACAAAAUGUGCCAGCUCAUUCUGACUGCUCACACUGAGAUUCUCAGCGUAUCUUACAGCCUUCCCAAUAAGCAUUACAUUCCAAUCGAUCUCAGUUGGCAUGAUAAUAUCCAAAACACAUCCGUUCAAGAUGCAGAGGUUUUUGUGCCUCUGGAAGCACCGUCAGGUUUGAUCACUGCCACUGUUUCAAGAUAAUCUUACUCCUGCUGGUACACACUUGGCAUUUCUUGGUUGAGCAAGGCUAAUUUGCUUGUAACAUCUUGUUUAUGGUGACCGGAUGUCAAGAAAAUGCUUCAAAUUUGAAUACACUCACUCAUGUAGAUGUACACUACGUUUUCAGAAAAGCUUGUAUGUUUGUCUCCCUCAAUUUUUUUGUAUGUUUGUCUCGUUCAAAUUUUAUCUGCCGCACUUUUCCUUUCUGGGAACUGCUCAGAGAUGUGUUAAACGGAUCUGCGACGAGCGGGAAAUAUAGUAAUCCCUUUUUCCGCGUUUUUUAGACCGAGUUCUGCAAGCCUCUCUUCAAUCCUUUUAUCUCUUUUCUGUGUUGAUGUAGUCGUUAUGUGCGCACCAUUCAGAUCCGCUCCGUCGUAUUCCUUUUAUGUCACAAUCUCUCAUCUAUUAUAUUUCUCUCUCUUGUACAUAGCUGUACCCGGUGAAGCCGACAGCGGACCAUCGACAUCGUGCCUACAGUACAGAAAUGCAACCCUCAAGUCAUUUUCUCAC